AAUAAUUCGAAAUUUUAUUUAUUUUCUCUCAGACAUUUCGAACCAUUUGAUAUUUCAAACAAUCCAAAAUUUGUAAUAUUUUAAGAGCCCCUCGAGUUUAGAACUAACGAGAGUCGACUGUAAUAGCCUUCAGUUAUGAGAAUUAUCGCGUGUGAAUGUGUGGUUAUUUCUGUGAGCACGAGUACGACGAUGAGCCGCUUCACCAAGUUGUUCGACAAGGCCAUAGCCGCUGCCACUACCACCAGACGAUGUCAGGUUAUCGGAAUGUUGCACGUAGAGGCAUUGCCGGGUACGCCAUUGUACGCUGGAAAAUUCCAAAGAAUCAUCGAUAAAGUCCGAAAAGAAACUGAAAUCUAUCUCACUGCUGGCAUUGACUCCAUAUUGGUUGAAAACAUGCACGAUAUUCCCUAUAUUCAGGCGAAUAACUUGGGAGCUGAAAUAAUUGCCGCCAUGACACGCGUUUGCCACGAAGUACAACUACUCACAAACUGCACCAUACCAUUAGGUUUGCAGAUACUAGCUGGAGGAAACAAGGAGGCCCUUGCAGUUGCGAAAUGUACCAAUUUCGAUUACAUCCGAGCUGAAGGAUUUGUCUUCGGGCAUGUUGCCGACGAAGGAUACACAGAUGCUUGCGCAGGAGACUUGCUUCGCUACCGCAAACAAAUCGACGCCGAUAACGUUCUCAUAUUUACUGACAUCAAAAAGAAACACAGUUCACAUUCAGUAACAAGCGAUGUUUCGUUGGUGGAGACUGCUCAUGCGGCUGAGUUCUUUCUCACGGACGGAGUUAUUCUUACCGGCACCGCAACUGGGAGACCUGCGUCUCCAAAAGAACUAAAAGAUUUAAAGGUAAAUUGCAACGUGCCUGUUUUGAUUGGGUCUGGAAUAACUUUGGAGAACUUUGAACAAUAUCGCGAAGCCGACGCUUGUAUUAUUGGAUCAUAUUUUAAAGAAGAUGGUAAAUGGCAAAACCAUCUUGACAGUAAGAGACUCAAACAAUUCCUAAAAGUUGUAAAAGAAAUUUAAUUACUAUUUCUUUUUGUAUAAAUAUGUAGAAUAAACUAGCAUAUAAUUAAAAUGAUAAAA